AUAUUAUGGCCAACUUUUUUUAUAAAUUCAAACCAAGUGAGAAAUAUUUUCAUGAAAUUUGAGAAAUUCGUCGAGACAAAUAAAGCGGCAAUCUGCUGAUUAACUCCAAACAGAGUACAAAUUUUGUACUCUGGUAUAAAAUCAACUGAAAUUUGAUUUAAAAUAGUGUAUUUAAUUCAUAUUUAAUUGUACAUAUUAUUUAUGCUGAAAUUUACAAUUUUUAUUAAUAAUUAACCGUUCAGUCUCUUGCGGGAUAAGUUAUCUGCCUUGCGUUUGAUCUCGCUACAAACGUUCCGACGAAAUGGAGACUAGACAAGCCCUAAAUUUAAACCCUUUCGCCCCCCUCGUCGGAGAAGACCGUGUCGAAGCUGCUGACAAAGAUUGGAUGAAUAGGACAGUUUUUAAAGAUGACACUUCAAUUAAACAAGAAGACGCGACUGGUCAGACUAGAGAAGAUCUCGACCCCGUUGAUUCAAAACUUCUCGAAAAUUAUACUUAUUUGCACAAUGCUGCACAGUUUUGUUUAGUCAAAAUUGAGGGAGAAAGUAACGACCCCACAGAACAUGUGGAUCAACCUGCCACCCUUCUCCCCUCUUGGAUCACGGACGACAUCUUCACGUCCCCACAAAAUGCUAUCACCAAGACCUCGGAUCGAGAUAAUCUUUCCUUAGGGGACGAUGUUAUGACACGAACUAAGUCCAGACCCGUCGCCAAAGACGACCCUAUCAAACAUGUCCGCAAUACUGGGAUACGUGGCAAAAACAAAACAAAGAAUCAGAAUCUUCGGAUGAAACCACCAUUACCCGACCUCAUUGAACUAUCUAGAAUCUUUUCCAGUAUAACUAACGACGACGAAGGACUGGAUAGUGGAAGUAUUUCCAAAGAUGUCGAAAUAAAACCAACCUCGUCGACACCUGCACGUCAACCCCAUCAUCACACCCCCGUUAAGAAGAAUAUGACCAGCUUCCCGACGGCUGUCGCUUCCUCCUCCAUUAAAACUAGCGGCUGCAACGAACUGCAAAUUUACAACGACACGCACAAACUUCAACGUUCCGGUAGGAAAAUAAAGUGUGCGUGUUCCGUCUGCGGGAUGUGGCUGCCUUCCUGUAAGGAUUGUGCUGCCCAUGAAGUCGUCAUGUGUGGAGUGGUCCAUUCCCCAGAUCUGUUGAGUAAAUUGGACAUCACGAUAAUCGCGUGUAUUGCGGAGGGAUGCGGGAAACUGUUCUGGAAGAAGAAAGAACUCGAAAACCAUAUCGUGAACCAGCACAAGACCAAUCGUCCCUAUAAAUGUGCCAUCUGUGGGGAAACAUUCGUGCUAAUCAUGGACCUUAACUGGCAUACGGUGGGGUGCAAAGCUUCCCAUGCGACGAAGAGUAAAAUUGGUCACAAAGAAAAUGGUCAACAUAUCCCUGAGGAGAUGAACUGGUCACCUUCGUCAUCUGUGGACACGGCUUGCACUAUUUUUCCUAGUUUUCCUAGUAUUGAACCAGAGUGACUCAAAGUAUUAGCAAAGCUUUUCAAUCAGAAUUUGUAAACUGGUUCUCAUCUUAACCAGAUCCUCCCAUUUAAUAAACAAGAAUUUUAUCCCAAGUGA